UCAUUUCAUUUCUUCCACCACUAAAACAAAGGCCACAAGUGACAUGGAGGCAACAAAUGGAAGUAACGAGACCGUGGUGCAAGCGACGGCGAGAGACAUGAAAAUAAUGGGUGAUGGGGAGGAUACGGCGGAGGAGAAUAGCACGAUGAAGGUGUGGAUAGCUGUGGACGAGAGCGACGGGAGUUUCUAUGCUCUCGAAUGGGCUCUCAAACACCUCUUUGCCCACCAUGAUGCCAACAAGGAGUCCCCUUUCGCCAUCACUGUGGUUCACGUCCAACCGCCCUUUCAACCAACUUACACUGCACUCCCUGUUGGUCCAGUUUUAUUUGCAACAUCUGGGAUGAGGGACUCCGUGGUGAAAGCCGAGGAAGAAAGCGCUGCUAAAAUCCUUGCUCGCGCUUCAGAAUUAUGUGACCAACAUAAGAUAAAAGUAGAAUACUUGGUUUUAAGGGGAAAUCCAAAGGAAAUGCUGGUUGAAGCUGUAGACCAAAUGGAUAUUGAUCUCCUGGUUGUUGGAAGCAGAGGUCUAGGCCAGAUUAAAAGGGCCGUGCUCGGAAGCAUUAGCGAUUACUGUGCGCAUCAUGCGAAAUGUCCUGUUCUCAUCGUUCGUCCCAUGAAGGUGUAAUCUCUGAUCCAAGGAGAGUAAUAAGUAUGGUGUUGAUUGUGUUAUGUAAUUCUAUGAUUGUAAACCACUUAUAAUAUUGUGGUAGUAAAUUAAGACUAUGUUUGUUUGUUGUAAUCUUGUGUUCAAGAUGAUGUGUGAAUCUUGAAUUACUAGUUGGUGAUAUCUUUUAUAUCAUCAAGUUUGUUUGUGUAUUGGGCCCAAGUAUGGUACCAAAUCCAUUUGAUUAGAGUCGAUCGGUGAAUUGGGUAUUUGUAUUUAAAAUGGGCUGGGCCGGUCCAUAACUUGAUGGAAACUUGUGAAUUGAAUAACAAAGAUGACAUUCAGAAUA